CAGCUCCUGACUAAUUUAGGCAAAAGGCAGCCUGGAGCUCUUUCCAUUCGUUGGGAACAGGUGCCAGAGCCUCCUCCCCACGACCUCCCCCCCGCCCCGCUCCCCGCCACGGGCCGCCUCCCCCGUGGCGGCCUCCAGGCUGCCGAGACCUAUAAAGGUGCCAGGUUUUCUCAAUGAAGCUGGGACGCGCUCCGGAGCGCACUGCCUGGUCGCGCCCAGCCCGGGCUGCCUUGGAAGUCGUCCCAGUCGCCCCUCUGCACCAGCAUGAAGCUCAUCGUGGGCAUCGGAGGCGUGACCAACGGCGGCAAGACCACGCUGACCGACAGCCUGCUGAGAGCCCUGGCCAACUGCUGCGUGAUCCACCAGGACGACUUCUACAAGCCCCAGGACCAAAUAGCAGUUGGGGAAGACGGCUUCAAACAGUGGGACGUGCUGGAAUCCCUUGACAUGGCAGCCAUGCUGGACACCGUGCAGGCCUGGCUGAGCAGCCCACAGAAGUUCGCCCGCGCCCACGGGGUUGGCGUCCAGCCAGAGGCCUCAGACACCCACAUCCUCCUCCUGGAAGGCUUCCUGCUCUACAGCUACAAGCCCCUGGUAGACUUACACAGCCGCCGCUACUUCCUGACCAUCCCGUAUGAAGAAUGCAAGUGGAGGAGAAGUACCCGCAACUACACAGUCCCCGAUCCCCCCGGCCUCUUUGACGGCCAUGUGUGGCCCAUGUACUGGAAGUACAGGCAGGAGAUGGAAGCCAACGGUGUGGAAGUGGUCUACCUGGACGGCAUGAAGUCUCGGGAGGAGCUGUUCCGUGAGGUCCUGGAAGACAUUCAGAACUCGCUGCUGAACUGCUCCCAGGAGGAGCUCCCAGCCCCAGCCCCCGCUUGCCCAGCCAGGCCCCAGGGACGCGGACAUGGAUGCGGCCACAGAACGGCCAGGCCUGCGGCAUCCCAGCCCGACACUGUGUGACUGUUUCCCUCUGAGGGGUUCUGUACGUAGGAAGGUGGAGGCCCCACUUCCAGUUGGGCUUCCCCAGGCUCCUGGACUCAGCCCCAAGACACCUCUGUGACCUCGCUGCGGCUUAAAUAUUAAACUGCGUCCUGUUUUUUUU